UCGAAGCAUCGACUAUUUAUACAUCGAAUGGAAAAUUUUCGAUGCAUCGAAGCAGAACAUUGAUAUUUUCUAUGCAUCGAUGUUUUUUCGACAUCUCUAGUGAAAAGUUUGUGAAAAGAUUGUCUACGGUGAAGAAAUCCAUCGCUCUUUUGGUAAAUUUCUGUAUUUCUUCAGUAUUUGUGAUUCUUAGCAGACUAAACUAAUAAAGUGGCUCUCUUUUAACGUCAAAACAAUUGAUUGUGCGGAAAAUGGAUGGACUACAGCACCGACGAGAAAGAAAAUCGUCAAUGGUAACACAACAAUUUUACGCACCACUAUCACCAUGCCCUAUACCAGACAUAAGUGAUGAUGAGCUAGUUUCUAUAUCCGUCAGAGACCUUAAUCGUACUCUGAAGUCUCGCGGCCUAAAUCGCGAGGAGGUUGUGCGUAUGAAGCAGCGUCGACGAACGCUGAAAAAUCGUGGCUAUGCAGCUAGUUGUCGCAUAAAACGUAUAGAACAGAAGGAUGUUUUGGAAACAGAAAAAUCGCAUGAAUGGGUUGAGCUGGAAACUAUGCACGAAGAUAACGAACAAUGUCGCAAGGAUAUAGCUAACUGGAAGAAUAAAUACAAGGCUUUGCUGCAGUUUGCAGCCCAUAAUGACAUUCCGAUUCCACCGGAACUAGAGGGUUGCUGAAUAAUGGAAGCAGAAUAGUAUACAUCGGAGUGUCUACUUACACGUGCCACGGUAAAAAUUACGCCGAACAAAGUUCUGUCCCACACUCAGAAAGGAUAAUUCUGAGUAGUAAGGGUUAUAAUCCCUAAGCGCGGCCGAAGGCCGCCUACGCA